UUGGGAGGAAGGCUGGGCAGCCACGUCUCAUGCACCGCCAGUGUGCUGUGGCAGAUGGAUCCUGAGACUGCCCGUCUCAUGCGAUGCCUGCAGCAGAUCCAUAAGGUGAUUGGGAAGGGCAGCGAGAUCUUCGCCAGCACCAGCCAGCCGUCCGUGUGCAAGGAGGUCCUGCUGUCGGCUCCGGGGACGGCGUAUAUCCUGGGGCUGUCAGAGGUGUACCGUGUCUCCAGGCGCCUGGAAGAGGGGAUGAAGGCUCGGAAACUAGCGAGUGAGCUGCUGCAACACACUUUGCGUGAAGUGGACAUGGCCUGGAAUAAUGUACUGUCCUUCCUUGUGCUUGGGCAGUCUGUGUUCCCACUGCUGAGGAGGGCUGGCUCAGCACUCAGCUUUGUCCUGUUGACUCUGCCUCAGACUUUGCAGGGCUGGGAGCCGUCGGCUGGAAGCGCUGGUUGCCCAUCAGUUCCUGGCCCUGCACCCAGUCAAGCCUGUGGGGUUUGUCUAACGGAGGUGAAGCAGCAGCCAGAGGCGCAUGCUGGAAACUCUGACCCAGUGAUGCACCAGGGUAGCUACUAUCACGCCGGCUGUGCCAAUUUCUGGCUGAACUGUGUGGAUUCCAUUCUGCCAAGAGAGACGUGACCCCUUUUCUUCUCCAAGCUUCAGAGUAAACUCCAGUCUUCUACAGGCUUCCUCUCCCCUCCCAGGAUCAGAAUUGCCUCACCCCUCGGACAGCGUGGCUGGGAAAUGCAGGCGUUGCCUCCUGAGCUAAAAAACCUCUUUGGAGAAGCUGAAGGCAACUAUGAGGAAACAGGCUUGGAUCUUUCCGUUUAUCAAACUGCUCUUAUUUUUACAGGAUAUUGUGGAAAGUACAUAAUGCAGCACACUUUUCAUAUAUUCGAAGAGUGCUUCCCCUUUUUUCAGGAUUGCUUUGCAAUAUUUUAAAAAAAACUCUGCAGGGGAAGAAGCAGGAGGCUCAACACACGAAGUCAGGGCUCUGUGGACAGUGGGAUCCUCUGCAGCCUUGCACAGAAGCAAGCCCCACUGUGCUCAACUGGCGUUAUUCCCAGGUGUGCAGGACAGGAUUGCAGUACGAGAGAGACCGGAGAGGACUCUGUUGGCAGGCAGUAUUCCAAUCAGUACUUUGGAGUAAUUUUACAGCCAGAAUCUUCUUUUGCUACACUACUCGAGUUGGAAAUAUGAUCAGGGUAGGGUGCUGAAGAAAACAGCAGGGUGUGAUUCAUUAAUGCAACCCCCCAGAAAUAGAAGCACCCUAAUAUGUUUAACUGAACACAUUUUAAUAAAAUAUAAGUGCCACGUGUCAUUCA